UCGGCACGAGCGCGCGACAGUCAGCCGCGUUCGGAUAUCGAGGAUGCGUCGUCGCGGCUUCGAAUCGCGCCUGACGCUGAGACCGAGCCUUGAGCUUAACGCGCAGUGGUGAGAGCCCUUAGAGACGGCCUUUGAUCGAGUAGUACGACAGUAUAGAAGAACGUUGAACGUUGCAAGUCAGCCGUUCGACGGUGCGGUUCGUCGCGUCGGGAGGAUUAUCGUAGCUCGCUUAUUUUAUUCGCUAUUCUUGCAGCUGUUCAGUUUUCUCGGUAAUUGUGAAGUGAAGUGUCGCGGUUUCCGUGCUUUCGAAAGCCGAGAAACGAAAACGAUACCGAAACCGCCCGAUUCGGCUCCAUCGGCGUCCGCUGACAUAUGCUUCGAGGGGUGAAUGUGACGGUACUGCCUGCACUGCUCGUCGGUCAUCGUAAAAGCCGUCAUAACGGAGUCUCUACAAGGAAUAUCGUCCCUCCUCCACUUCUUCUUCAUCCACCCCGGGUGGGACAUCGUGAAGACGUCCCGCGGGCACCGGCCGCAGCCCACCGCCCCCCCGGCGUCGAGGAAGGCGACGUUGCUCCGGUUUUCCGCCCCCGCGGAGGCGGCCCCUUCCUCGCCCCCGUCGUCGGCGUCCCAAACGUCGUCGGCGAGGCGAUCGCAGCAAAAACGGCGGUGCUCGGCCCCCGGAAAUUCCGCUGCCGUUGCCGCCCGGCGUCACGGGGAAAAUACACACCAGCAGGACCGGAAACCGGAUGGGUGGCGGCCGCCGCGAUGUGACAUGGAUGUCCUAGGCUUUGCCUGCGCCCUCGCCGCCGCAGCCCUUUACCGCAACACCCUCGAUGCCGGAUUCGUAUACGACGAUCGGAGGGCUAUCCUGACGAAUCCUGACCUCCUUCCGGGCACACCCUGGUCUCAACUCCUCGAGGAUGACUUCUGGGGUACUCCGUUGAAGGAAAGAGGUUCUCACGGUAGCUACCGACCCUUUUGCGUCGCCACCUUUCGCCUAAAUUACUUGGCCGGCGGUCUGGAUCCCUGGGGUUAUCACCUGGUCAACGUCGCACUUCACGCCGCAUGCGCUGGUCUCGUUGUCAGGGCUGCCAGAAAGGUUCUUCCUGGGCAAAGUUUAGCGCACGCGAUGGCCGGCCUUCUUUUCGCGGUGCAUCCGGUUCACAGCGAAGCCGUGGCUGGAAUAGUUGGCCGCGCCGAUCUCCUGGCUUGUCUUUUUACCCUGGUGGCCUUCCUCGCCUACGCGGCGCAUCGCGACGACGCCCGGAAGCCGGCGCCCCUUUUCCUGACUCUGAUCGCCUCCGCCUUGGCGACCCUUGCCAAAGAGACCGGUAUCGCCUCCCUGGCUCUCUGUCUGCUCUGGGAAUUUUGUCGAGGCGAGCCACGGCGAAAGGGAACCAGAUGGACCCGCCGUCGGAGCGUCGGCCUCGUCACCGGGACCCUGGUCCUCCUCCUGAUCGUUCGGCUUCGCGUCGGAGGUUCGCCGCCGGAAUUCGCGACGGCUGACAACCCCGCGGCCAGGCACCCUUCGCGCUUCGCCAGAGGGCUGACCUUCCUCUAUUUGCCGGCGGUGAACGCCAGGAUGCUUCUCUGCCCCAGCACCCUCAGCUUCGACUGGUCGAUGGACGCCGUUCCCAGGAUAACGACGCUCAAGGACCCGAGGAACCUGGAGUCGGCGGCGCUUUACGCCGCGCUUGCGGGCGCCGGUUUCUGGGCGGCGAAGGGACUCCGGAAAGCCUCGUGUUCGAGCUGCGUGAAGCGGUUCCUCGGACACACGGAUCGCUGCCGAGCGGCGAACAACAACAACGCGCCGAUAAGCAACUGCUACUGCCCGAAGAAGUCUGGCCUUGCCUUGCAGAUUCCCGCGGCCGUUGCUGUAUCCCUAGGAUUUCUUGGGCUUCCCUUUUUACCGGCUAGCAACCUCUUCUUCUACGUUGGUUUCGUUAUCGCCGAGAGAGUUUUGUACCUACCCAGUGUCGGGUUAUGCCUUUUGUUCGGCGCCGGUCUUUGUAAAUUUUACCGUCACGCCCGACGGACAUCCAGGUCCUACGGACGGAUCGUUCUCGCCGUUGCCACCCUGCUUCUCACCCUCAUGGCGGCAAAAACCUUGAGGAGGAAUCUGGACUGGUACGACGAGGAGAGCCUCUACAGGUCCGCGCUGCACGUCAAUCCCCCGAAAGCCUACGGGAAUUUGGGAAGCGUGCUGAGUGCCCAGGGGCGAAUCACCGAGGCCGAGGAGGCCUUUACCCAGGCUCUUCGGUAUCGACCAAACAUGGCUGAUGUCCACUACAACCUGGGAAUCCUUCAGCAGGGAAGGAAAAACUACGAAGAAGCCAUUCUCAGCUAUCAGCGGGCAAUCCACUUCAGGCCGUCGUUGGCACAAGCGUACGUGAACCUCGGAGCAGCCUUGAUCUCCGCUGGCAGAGGUACGGAGGCUGCGGCGAUCCUGAGGACGGGAGCUUCCCUGGAUGGUUCAGGGCUGAAGGACCGAAGAGCGCACGAGGCGGCGCGGGUUCAAGCCCUGCUUCAGCUGGGGGCCCUCUACGGGGACCAGGGCCGUCUUCAAAGGGCGCUGGCCGCCUACCGAGAGGCGCUGCACGCUCUGCCGGAACACUAUCCGCCCCAGAGUGUUUACAACCUGUUAGGAGAGACGCUGUCCAGGCUGCAGCAGUACGCCGAAGCUGAGAGAUGGUUCCAGGCGAGUCUGGCCAGCCAGCCGGACCACGUGCCUGCUCAUAUCACUUACGGGAAACUUCUAGCUCGCAAUUCUAGUCGCGUCUUGGAAGCUGAAAGAUGGUUUCUGAGAGCACAACGUCUAGCUCCUCAAGACUCCAGUGUACACCAUCACUACGGCGUGUUUCUAACUUCCCAAGGCCGCCUGGCAGAGGCAGCCGAGCAGCACGUGAAAGCGGCGGAGCUUUCAACGAAGGAUUACGAGCUUGCGGUGGCCGCGGCCUCGGCGCUGCGUCAAUCGGACCGUCGUGCGGAGGCUGAGACUUGGUACAGGCACGCGGCGAUCCUGCGUCCCCAGGAAGCAAGGAGCCACACCAAUCUCGGGGCGAUAUUGCAUCUCAACGGAAAAUACAAACAGGCUGCCGCGGCCUACGGAGAGGCACUAAGGCUGCAACCAGGCGACGCAACGACAUUGACCAAUCUACAUAAACUGGCCGCUCUGUUGGCGUGACCAGUAAUCAUUGAAUACAAAUGCAAAUACAAAUCCCUAACUAUGUACUAUAUCCCCUCACGUCAUUUAAUCCCUAUUUCUCCCAGUAAUUAUUUAUCUAUAAGUAUCAAUGAUCGUUGUACUAAUAAAUGUACACUAAACUGUACGCCUGCUAUGAUGAUAUAUAAAGAAUAAAGCUUCAUUUAUUUUUGUCUAA